AUGAGCACCUCCGACGACGAAUGCGACAAAGAAAUACCACUACUGAAGAUCGAUGUCGCACAGCUAUUAGUAGAGAACGUAACCAUCGGGAAGGACGGGGCCGAGAGGGAGAUAGAAGCAGUGAUCGACACCGGAGCGGCCGUAUCAAUCGUAUCACCCAGAAUAGCAGCGGAUUUAGCACUAGAACUGAAGACGUGGGGAGGACCGUCCAUCGUCAUGGUCAACAGACAACGGACACCCCCACUAGGAAGAGUCGAACUAUCACUAACGAUCGGAACGAAAUCAAUCAAAGCAGACCUGCUCGUACUGGAGAUGAAAGGGAUCGACGUCUUACUAGGCAACGACGUACUCCGCCGAUUCAAGACACUAGAAAUCGAGUACGGGACGGGCAAGCCCAAGAUGAGAUUCGGAGAACUGCCAGUCAGCCUAGUCCUGGAGGACCCUCACACCGGACCGACGAACAAGAUCAUAGCAAGCAAAGGAAUCAGAAUCCCAGCGAGAUCGAUGGCAGCAGUAGAGGUAGUACAAAAUGAAGCAGUACGUGAGUCACCAGACGGAAGACCGUGGCUGAUCGAACCGACGAGGAGGACCAACCCAGGACCAACACCAGGAAGAGCCCUACUACCAGGCGACCGACUGACAACACUGAUCCCAAUGAUGAACCUAGAAAACAGACCAGUCUUCGUACACAAAGGCAUGGUCUUAGGACAUCGCACGGAAAUUAGGACCGAAGGCACGGAGAUCAGCGAAGACGACAGGCCACCAACCCCAAGAGCGUGCAUGACCACCACAGAACAAACACCUAAAGACCUUGACUUCAGAGCCAGCAUAAACCAAGACCUCACAGAAGAGGAGAUAGACGACAUCGAGCGAGCACUACGAGACAACGGAGACUGUUUUGCCAGAGAUGGGGACCAGCUAGGCCGUUGCAACGUAGCAGAACACGAAAUCCAUCUGAUCGAGAACGCCGGGCCCAUCUACCAAGCACCACGACAAACGUCGCGGAAAGAAGAGGAGAUACAAAGAGACCUGACGACAGAGAUGCUAAGGAAGAAAGUGAUCGCGAGAGCGAGCGGGCCUUGGGGCGCAAGGGUACUGCUCUUGCAAAAGAAGGACGGCACAUGGAGAUUCUGCCUCGACUUCCGCCCCCUGAACGGAAUCACCAUUUUUAGCGUCUAUCCCAUGCCCAACAUCGACAGGACACUGUCAAGACUACAUGGAGCAAAAAUAUUCUCAGUAAUGGACUUAGAAAGUGGAUAUUGGCAGAUACCGAUGAGGAAAGAGGACAGAGAGAAAACCGCGUUCGUCACAGCUGACGGCACUUUCCACUUCCUAGUCAUGCCCUUCGGCCUCUGCACAGCACAAGCAACAUUCCAACGGACCAUGGACAUGGUACUAGGCGGACUGCGGUGGACAGCGUGCCUCGUCUACCUGGACGACAUCAUCGUAUAA